UCGUGCAUAAGUAAUUGCACAAGGUAUUUGGAUGAACUGAUUAACAGAUUAAACAGUUUAAUCAUUAAACUCCCGAACUUUGUACACCGCUAAUACCAAGGUAUUCUAAUAAAGCAAGUUACAAGUGCUUGGAGUUGCAGUUUUAAUUUCAAUCUUCCACAUUCCGAAGUCCACACUACAGAUACAGAUUUCGCAGUACAGUACACCAGCUGGUUAUUACGAGUAGUCUCUUUUUUGACGGAUACUUCUCCAGUACUCCAAAGUCCAAACUACUGUUGGCCUUUGUGAAUCGAGGUUUGAAUGCUGGGAUCCAUGAAGUUGGUUAAAUGCCUCCUGAAAAUCCUUAUUUCUCCGUUCUCCAGCUUGUAUUGCGGGGUUCGACUGUUCUUCUUGGUGCUGUGUUAUAACGAGCAUCUGACAUUUUCGUAUGCUGUUGAUACGGUAUUGGAACCAGUCUUUCGUCUGAUCGAUAAAGGAUGGGUGCGUUUUCUGGGCCCGGGUAUGGUUGUUCUGGUUAUUGGAUUGACCAUCUCCGUCGUGAUCAUUUUGUUGGUGGUAAUGAUGCCGUGGUACUAUCAGUAUCGGCAUCCGCUGCUCUUGGCGUGGCACUUACCCGUGGCCAUCUACCUGGUGUUCAGCAUCGCUUUCCACUAUUUCCUUGGACUCGUCACCGGGCCGGGAUGUCCGCCAGAUGACCAAUCCAUUCCCGAGGCGGUAGGAAUCUGCCGAAAAUGUGCCAAACCCAAACCGCCACGCACUCAUCACUGCUCGGUGUGCAACCGAUGUAUUCUGCGUAUGGACCACCACUGUCCGUGGCUAAAUAACUGCGUUGGUCACUACAACCACCGGCACUUCUUCCUCUUCAUGGCCUUCAUGUCGUUCGGCGCGGGAUACUUGUGCUAUUUUGUCUUCCCGGAAUUCUGGGAGCUGUACUUCCUCCCGCACAAUCACCCGGCGAUCUACGCCGCCAUGCGGAACGCGACGGCCGCGGCGCCCUACGUGCCGGCGAAUCCGCAGCACCGUCUGCAUCGCUUCAGUGUGGUGUACAUGUAUUUCGUCAGUGCGGCCGCGUGUGUGUCGGUGUUCCUGUUGCUGCUGUGGCACGCCUGGUUGAUCGGCGCGGGAGAGACGAGUAUUGAAGCGCAUUUGAAUAAAGCGGAACAGAAGCGUCUGCACGCGGAAGGGAAACCGUUUUUUAAUCCCUAUGACUUCGGCGUGUGGGACAACUGGAAAAUGGCCAUGGGAAUUGCGGAGGACAGGUCGUUCUUCCGGCAAGUGCUGUGGUUUUCGGCGGCUCCGCCGGAAGGCAACGGGCUGCGCUGGAAGACGUCGUUACGGGAGCAGUUGACGCAGUAUCAGAACCGGAAAUGCGGUACCAAGGAUUUGCAGUCUUUAGCUAUAUGAAUCUCGCAAAGCUUGUGACUACGUGGUUGAUGCUCGAUGAUUGUCAGUGUGUAUCUGACUUAAAGGAAAUUUACACUGUUGUAACAAAUUGUGGGUCACAUCGUUGUGAUAUAGUUAUGGAUCUCAAGCUGAUGUAAGCCGAUGGAACGGUUCGUUAGUCGAUUUCGCUAUCUGAAGUUUUUGUUGAAUUCUCGGUUGUUUGUGCGCAUUUGACACUUUGCAACAGAACUAGAUGGUCUGAACGCCAUGCUAUCCGAAAUGAUUCCGAAUAAA